AAAUAAAUCAAUUCCAGCAAAACUCACUCACACACCUAGAUUUGUCAAACAAUAAACUCCAUGGUUCAAUUCCUAACUCAAUUGCUAAUUUAGUACAUCUUAGUUAUCUCAAUUUUUCAUCAAAUCAUUUUAGUGAUUUAGUAGUACCUGACAUGUUCUCGGCACUUCAAAAUCUCGAAAUCCUUGACCUUUCUCAUAACAGCUUAAUCGGGAAGAUUCCAAAUUGUCUUCCUAAGUCUCUCUCAGUGUUGAAUUUGCAGGCCAAUUACUUUGAUGGAAAUAUAGCAUUUGGGUUUCCAGAGGGCUGUGGAUUACGAAAUCUCAAUUUACAUGGAAAUCAAAUGGACGGCUUAUCACCAAGGUCUUUGGUGAAUUGUCGCAUGUUAGAGGUUCUAGACGUUGGCAACAACAGCAUAAGUGACACAUUCCCUUAUUGGUUGGAAUCUCUACCAGACCUUCAAGUGCUUGUCUUAAGGUCCAACAAGUUCCAUGGUUCUGUGCAGAGCACCAAAGAAAGUCCAUCUUUUCCCAAGUUGCGAGUUCUGGACCUCUCCAGCAAUUAUUUUGUUGGUGCUUUGCCUGUUCGGUACAUGGAAAAUUUUAAAGCGAUGAUGGACCCUCAUGGAGAGGAUGGUUCCCUUGAAUACAUGAAGGUGCCAACAAGAGCCAAUCCUUAUCAAUAUUCACUGGUUGUGACAUGGAAGGGAUUCGACUCUGAGCUGCAGGGAAUCUUGACCGUAUUCAGUAGUAUUAAUCUCUCAAAUAACAUGUUUGAGGGAGAAAUUCCAGGUGUUAUUGGAAAGCUUAGUUCUCUCAAAUCGCUUGAUCUUUCUUAUAACAACCUUACUGGUCAUAUCCCACCGUCACUAGGGAAUUUGACGAAUCUGGAAUGGUUGGAUCUCUCUUCCAACAAGCUGGGCGGGGAAAAUUCCUGAUGAAUUGGUAUCUUUGACACAACUCUCUGUAUUGAAUCUUUCAAAUAAUCAUCUUGUCGGGCGCAUACCACAGGGCAAUCAGUUCAACACCUUUGGAAAUGGUUCUUAUGAAGGAAACCUUGAACUGUGUGGAAUCCCAUUGUCAAAAUCUUGUGAUGGAAUUGGGACACCGCCGAGCUCCUUCCAAGAAAAAGAUGAGUUGUGGAGAUUUGGCUGGAGAGUUGCGGUGUUAGGCUAUGGAUGUGGAGUUGUUUUUGGACUGCUGAUGGGAUAUCUUGUAUUCCGAACAGGAAAACCAAAAUGGUUUGUGUCUUUGUUUGAUGGCCGACCAAGUCAAAGGGGAAGGAAGAUGAGGAAAGCCAGAAGACUUGUUCAAAGAAGAAGCUAGUUGCAGAGUUGAUGUUUUGGAGCUUCUGAUUUAGGGCCUGUUUGGUGUGGCUGGUGGGAGCUUUAGCUUUUUGAGUACUGUUAUGAGUGAUAAAUUUAAAUUUUUAUU